AAACGCUAAAUGCCCAAAAACUUUCCAUGGCUGUCUGAACCUUGCGCUCUUCCCUUGUUCUUCCAAUGUCCCAACUCUAGCCCAACUUUAAUUUAACAGCAACUACAACCUUAAAACUAUCCGAGGAAGUUUCUCACAUGUGUCACUGUCCCUUUUGACUUGUCUUUGUUCGUUACUCUCAUGUAAGGUUUGCUGUAUCUGCUUAUGGUGUGAUAAGAGAUGAAGUGGGUGGCACUGAAAGGGGAUGGCAAGAUUGCGUUCAAGAUUAAGUCAAGACUGAAGUGGGUUGGUUUGGUUGGGCUGGUUUUAUCUACUUUCUCUAUCCUUACACACUUUUUACUCGCUAGAUAUACAGAUGGGGGCGUUUCGGACUACCAGUCUUCUAUCACAAUCUUUUCUUGGAGACCCAUUUUUGAGAAUGUAGAUAUUUCUAAUAAUCAUUCCUUGCUUCUGCAGAAUCCUUUAUACCAGAGACUUUGGGGACCAGUUAGGCUUCUUGAAUCCUUACAUCCCUAUGCAAACCCCAGAGAAAAUUAUGCAGCUCCUAUUCAUAAAACAAGUGGAUUCAUUUUUGUACGGAUACGAGGCGGUUUUCAUGAGAUCAGGAACUCGAUAUGUGAUGCUGUUGUAGUUUCCCGUCUCCUCAAUGCAACAUUAGUUAUUCCUGAACUUCAGUCCACUACAAGCAGCAAAGGAAUCAGCACUCAGUUCAAGAGUUUUGCUUACCUCUAUAAUGAGGAUCAGUUCAUAGCUGCUCUAGCAAAGGAUGUCAAAAUUGUCAAAACCCUACCCAAGCAUCUAAAAGGAGCAAGGAGGAAAAAAGAAAUUCCUUCUUUUAAGGUUUCAAAUUCUGCAUCGCCACAUUUCUAUCAACAUCACGUUCUUCCAGUCUUGAGUAGGCACUCAGUUGUUGAACUUGUUAUAUCUGAAGGCGGAGGCUUGCAGGCAAUACUUCCUCCUCAUCUUGAAGAGUAUCAGAGGCUGAGAUGCAGGGUGGCUUAUCAUGCUUUGAGUUUCAGAGAGGAGGUUGAGGAACUUGCUACAAAAGUUCUGGAUAGAUUAAGAGCUUCUGGACGGCCAUUUAUUGCCUAUGAACCAGGGAUGACAAGAGAGGCUCUGGCAUAUUAUGGCUGUGCUGAACUCUUUCAGGAUGUGCACACUGAACUCAUUCAGCAUAAACGGUCAUGGAUGAUCAAGCGUGGGAUCAUCAAGGGAAAUCUCUCUGUAGAUUCAGCAAAGCAGCGGCUCAAUGGUUUGUGUCCUCUUAUGCCAGAGGAGGUUGGCAUUCUUCUUCGAGCAUAUGGUUACUCGUGGGACACAAUAAUUUAUGUUUCUGGUGGCGAGGUCUUUGGUGGGCAGAAGAAGCUGAUUCCACUCCAUGCCAUGUUUGAAAAUGUCGUUGACAGAACCUCCUUAAGCACAUCAUGGGAGUUGAAUAAAGUAUAUGGUCGUGAGGCUAAUCUUGAUGACAAAAUUUCUAGGGCUCCACCAGUUAAGGAAGAAAUAAAAUUUGAAGCAUGGAAAACUUCAGGUCCACGACCUCGGCCGCUACCGCCACCACCUUUACGGCCGAAAUAUUACAACAUUGAGGGUUGGUGGGGUUGGGUGGCCGAGAGCGAUAGAGAACCAGAAAGUACAGUUAUGGAAUUGAGAACUAACGCACACAAGUUACUCUGGGAGGCUGUAGACUAUAGAGUCUGUGUUGAAGCAGAUGUUUUUAUCCCUGGAUUUGAUCGGGAUGGUAAAGGAAAACCAAAUUUUGCUAGUUUAGUGAUGGGUCACAGGUUUUACCAGUUUGCUGCAUCUAAGACAUUCAGGUUGGACAGGAAGGUAGUGGCCAAGCUGUUGGGUGAGAUUCGUGAGCACUUGUAUCGAGCCAACCAUGCUUGGAUAAAAUCAGUGCGCAGGCAUCUUAAGCGGAACUUGAUUGAUGGAUUGGCAAAGGAAUUCAUUGGAUCAAAAGAACUAUCUUUUCUCUCUUUUCCAAUCCCUGAAUGUUCUUGCACAAGGCAAAUUUCACCUGAAAAGAUAUCUAAUGUUUCAAGUCCUUCAUCAUCUUCAAAACUUCCAGCUUUUGUUGGAGAUACUCAUAGUUGCCCAUCUUGGAUGAAUGGUUAUACGCUUGCUCAGUCAAAGGACAAGGAAUCUGAAGAGCAGCUUGAGGAAGAUGAUUCCACAUCUGCUGGUUUGUUUUUUCGACAGAGUAAUAAUACUAAUCAAGAGGCUGGGGAUGGUGAAACAGUCAACAAAGAAGACACCCAGAUGGAGGAUAAUGAAGAACUUGAAGGUGGAGAUAGAUGACCAAGUGGCAGAAUUUAGUCUUGCCUUCCCUGUAGAUGUGUAUAUAUGUCUGACUGAAGUUGCUGCUUGUUAAUUUAGUUAUAGAUGAGUCUUUAUUGUCAGUUUCAGUUUUGACAGAGUUUGGUGUUCAACCGCUAAGGAUGGCUGCAAAUUUUCGGUCCAAUAAUUAUUAUUUCAAGGAUAGUGUAGUGUCAGGAUUUCUAGAUAUGAUUGCUUUCCUUUAGGUUGAGACUUGCCGUACACAGGCUGAUUCUUAUAAAGCAUCUGUGAGCGGAAUUUAUUUUGA